UUGGGAGAAUUCGGAGCCAUAUGAACAGACUAGGGCAUUUUUCUUCUGUCACAUCUAAGGCCUGCAUCUCAAAACCAAACGGUGAUGUGGAAAAAGAGUAUUUUUGUGUUUCUUUUCUCUCUUUUGACUCUAAAAGCAGAACUGGAUUGCGAGACAAUGAAAAAAACAAACAAAUUCAUUUCUCCUCAUUUGCUAUCAAAAACGAAUAUAGUCAGGAAGGGUCAAAAUGUAUCUCUAAGUUGUUCCCACCAGAACAAAUCACUACAAAUCACCUAUUCUUUGUUUCGGGAUAAGGAUCACAUGGGAACCCAGGAUAGCAAAGGAAAACCUGUGAUUUUUAACCUAAGCAUCUCAGAAGCCCGUGAUUCGGGGCCCUACCAAUGCAAAGCCAAAGUUUCCAACUGUCCAACAUACAGUCGCAAGUUCAACUUCACAAUUAUGGACCCAGUGACCACUCCAGUGCUGAAAAUUAUUCAAAAACAGACAAACCUUUAUAUAACACUACACUGCAUCUCCUUCAACGGUUCUCUGCCCAUCAAUUAUACUUUCUUUGAAAAAGGCAUCGCCUUAUCACCAGUUAUUUCCAAGCAUGUAAGGGAGCCUGCUGAAUUUAAUUUAACCAAGAGCAAGACUGGAGAAGGAAAAGAGUAUCGUUGUGAAGCUAAAAACAGCCUGCCUGACAACGCAAGAUACAGUGAUCCUGCCACCAUCCCUUCAACAAGUGGAGACAGCUGUCCACUCUGCCUGCCGCUACUGCUUCCGCUGUUAUUACUGAUGCCAAUCAUAAUCCUACUUCUGGCGUUUUGGAUACGACAGAAAUACAAAGCCAGAAAAGCUAUGAGAGAUAAGGCACCCAGAGACUAUGGAAAUACACCCAUAGAAGUUGGAAUAUAUGCAAAUGUCCAUGAAAAUCAAGCAGAGGAGUCUGUGCCAGGCUUGGAACCAAGACAGUGUGUGUCCACAGCCCAAGAUGAAACUGAACAUUCUCAUGAGAUGCAUUAUGCCACCCCCAUGUUCCUGGAGGUGAUACCAGAAGCCCAUAAUGAUAAUAAAACUGGAUGUGUCUAUGCUGAACUCAGCUUAUGAAAUUUAAAGAUACAAACUACAUCUCAGGUUCUGGAGGCCAGAAAUCCAAAAUCAAGGUGUCAGCAGGCCCACACUCCCUCCAAAGGCUGUAUGGGAGAAUCCUUGCCUACCUCUUCAUAUCUGGUGGUUCCUGGUGGUUCUUGGUUCGUGGCAGCAUCACUCCAAUCUCUGCCUCUGUCUUCACGUGGCCUCUGCGAUUCUCUUAUAGAAAAACUGGUCACAAGAUUUAGGAACCAUCUGGAUAAUCCAGAAUGACCUCAUCUUAAAAUCCUUAACCUAAUUUCAUCUGCAAACACUUUUUCCAAAUAAGGUGACAUUCACAGGUUCCAGGAGUUAGGACUUGGACAUGUUUUUGGGGAGUCACUAUUCAGCCCACUAUAGGGGACAAAUGAGAGAGAAAUAACACCUAUGUCAUGGAGCUUCUGUGAGAGUCAAUUCAGGCUUCUUCACGUCUUAACCUGAGCUCCUUCCUGAAGCAGAGCUGAGACAAGGCUUGGGUGCAAGUUGUUUAUAUGGGAGGUGAUCCCCGGGAGCAGGAGAGUUCAGGGAGAGAGAAACAGGGAAGGAAAAGAAGGCAACAAAAAGGGUAGG